AAAAAGAUCCACGAGGCACAUGCCGGUCCAAACGUCACCUGCCGCGGCGACGGCGGCGCUUCACAGCAUGAUCUCGUUCAGAUUGCUUUUGUCGAACGAUACGGUGUAUCGGUUCCAGUGCCUCCCGUCGCAGAAGCUCAAGGUCAUGUUCGAGCAUAUUUCAGAAUUUGAAGGCUUGGAGAAGCUCCAUUUACGGCAUGUCCGAUCCGGUGCAUCACUCGAUGGAAGCGAAGUGGUGGGGUCCGUCCUUUUGCACGACGAUAUCGUGACGGCACACGUGGAUAUCCCCACGCAGAUCCCCACGACCGUGUGUUUGGAGUUCCACGAGACCGCCGCGUCAUCGCCGUCGUUGGAUAUGUUCCCUGACGCAGCGCAUCUCCACGACCUAGACCACCAUCAUCCUCCGUCCCCUAUGCUUCUAUCGUCGCCCUCCUCGCAUGCGCAUGCUGCGUCCCUUCCCGACGACUACGACGAAGAUGUUGGGUACAACAACGACAGGGACAUUGACCGGUGGCGACGAGCGCACGUGACGCGAGUCGAGUCGUCAUGUGGCGGCCCGUCCAUGCUCAACAUCAGCCCCAUGGAAAUGGAGCAUAACACGCGCAUCUCUCAACACGAUUUGGUGCUUCAUGCAGCGCUCCAGCUCACCGAGAACGCGCUGGUGAUGCAGCAGAGUCUGCGCACGUUAUACUUGCGUCUCCGCAGCCAGCAGACACCAGACACGGCCGCGGCGGUGCUCAAGUUGAUCCGCAGCACGGACCGGCGGCCGGUGUUCCUCCAUCGAGGCAUCGACGUGGUCAUGCAGGGGUACGUCGACUGCGGCAAGUGGGGCGCGCUGUGGCGCACAAAGCAGCGGUGCUGGGCCGUGCUAUGGGACUCGAAGCUGUCGUUCUUUGGGUCGCCGGAAUACGCGAGAAAGUACAUGUUUGCGUUGUCCAACGCUCGACGGCGUCAUCUGUCGGCCCAGGGCCACGAGGACGAGGACGUGAUGGGGAAGCGCAUCCAAAAGGACUACGCGCCGCACACGGAGCUCCACGUGAGUGGGUGGAGCGUCCGUCCUGGCGCGCCGCAAUGCGACAGAAACACGUUCGCGCUCUUCGACGACGGCGGCACGCUGCGCCAAGUCCUGGACGUGGCGACGGCGGCGGAUACGGAAGCAUGGGUGCGCGCAAUCGGAUCGCAGGCGCAACAACAUCUGGUGCGGUUGAAGGCAAAGCUGGCGGCGGCGUCAGAGUCAGAGUUCUUGGACAUGCUGCGACUGGGGGAGUCGUCGUCGCGAGACGUCGAGGGUACGUCGCACCUGUCGGUCCCGUUGAAGUUGCGCGUUCCGCUCAAGUGGUUGCACGUGCACCUCGAGUCUGAGGACGCCUCGAGUCGGUCGCGGCGAGUAAAGUGCAGCAACUUCUCGCAAGCGGUCAAGGACAUUCAGCGGGACGUCCUGCGCAUCAACGGCCACCUGCACGCGAGUUCGUGCUUUGAAGACAUGCUGUCGGAGCUUGCGAUUGAAUUGCUGCAGCACACGUCACGGCAUAUGAAGACGAGCGAGAUGGACGCGAUGGCGUUUGCAAGGCAGCUGCUGAUCUUGAGUUCGCGAACCCACGGCGGCGGCGACGUGUGGGACGCCGUGCAUUGUUUGCUGCAGUCGCCGCACUUUUGCAUUUGCCCGGAAAUGAGCGACGCGGCGCCCGUGGAUGUGGGAAUCCAACUGAUUGAUGGCAAAACUGUCGUGGAAAUUGAAAUGAUCAUGGUGUUCAAGCUCAUCCCGGCCGGCGGGUCGGAUACCGCCAUCGGACGCAUCGUGGGCACGUCCAAGCAGCGGUUGAUCUGCGACAUGACAUCCAACUUGGACGUGGAUGGCGAGAUUCGCAUUGCCGUCGAGCGCGUCGGUGGCGGUGGCGAAGGGGGCGCCGUGGGUGUCGAUGGAAAUUGAGUAAAUAUUGUUUUCAAUUCUUUUUCUCUCAAUAUGGUUCUAUAUCUG